GUCCCUCGCGCUUCCUUUUCCAGCAGCGCCUGUGAUCAUGGCGGACGUGGUUGCGGAGCAGGUAUCGGACCAGAAUCCAGUCCCGGACCGGGAGCUGAACGGGGAGGCGGAGGACAGAGAAGAGGCCGACCCCGUGGGAGAGACGGCGAAAAAGAAGAAGAAAAAGAAGAAGAAGAACAAGUCGGCAACGACAGGCCCUGAGGCGGAGGCUGACGAGGUUGCCGAAGUGACCAAACAGCUGGAGAAGCAGGCGAUAGAAGACAAAGAGAAGGAGGAGGAUGGCGAGGAAGAUGGAGAUGAUGGAGAAAACUCGGCAGGGAAAAAGAAGAAGAAGAAAAAGAAGAAGAAAGGACCCAAAUCUCAGACUGAUCCUCCAUCUGUGCCCAUCUGUGAGUUAUACCCAAGUGGAGUGUUCCCCAUCGGACAGGAGUGUGAAUACCCCACCUUACAGGAUGGUCGCAGUGCAGCGUGGCGUACAACCAACGAGGAGAAGCGGGUGCUGGAUAAAGCCAACGAGGAGGUGUGGAACGACUUCAGACAGGCAGCCGAGGCCCACAGACAGGUCCGCCAGCACGUUCGCGGCUUCAUGAAACCCGGCAUGACCAUGAUUGAAAUCUGUGAGCGGUUGGAGGACUGUUCUCGUAAGCUGAUAAAGGAGGACCGGCUGAACGCUGGCCUGGCCUUCCCCACCGGCUGCUCUCUGAACCAUUGUGCUGCCCACUACACUCCCAACGCCGGAGACACCACCGUCCUGCAGUACGACGACGUCUGCAAGAUCGACUUCGGCACGCACAUCAACGGGCGAAUCAUUGACUGUGCCUUCACUGUCACAUUUAAUCCAAAGUAUGACAAGCUGCUGGAGGCUGUGAGAGACGCCACCAAUACUGGAAUCAAAAACGCCGGCAUUGAUGUGCGUCUGUGUGAUGUUGGAGAGGCGAUUCAGGAAGUGAUGGAGUCCUACGAGGUCGAGCUUGAUGGCAAAACAUACCAAGUGAAGCCAAUCCGAAACCUGAACGGCCAUUCAAUCGGUCAGUACAGAAUACAUGCUGGUAAGACUGUGCCCAUCGUUAAAGGAGGAGAAGCAACGAAAAUGGAGGAGGGAGAAGUUUACGCCAUUGAGACAUUUGGCAGCACAGGUAAAGGUGUGGUGCACGACGACAUGGAGUGCUCUCACUACAUGAAAAACUUUGACGUCGGCCACGUCCCCAUCAGGCUGCCCAGAGCGAAGCACCUGCUAAACGUUAUCAACGAGAACUUUGGCACGUUGGCGUUCUGCCGGCGCUGGCUGGACCGUCUGGGCGAGAGCAAAUACCUGAUGGCCCUGAAAAACCUGUGCGACCUGGGCAUCGUGGACCCCUACCCUCCCCUCUGCGACACCAAGGGCUGCUACACCGCUCAGUUCGAGCACACCAUCCUGCUCAGGCCCACCUGCAAGGAGGUGGUGAGCCGGGGAGAUGACUACUGACACCCCAACCCCACCCUCCAACAACACCACAGCCCCUCCUCGUCACCACCACACAGCACCCUCGUUAGCUCCUUCAGAGAGGCAGGACACGGUCGUCUCAGAGCAGCUUUGAGGGAUGCCAAAUGCUACUGUGUUCUCCCCACAAUACACCACUCGCAGCUUGCAAGGAAGAAAGACUGGCCUUCUAAGUUACCUAUCAACCACAGCUAAGAAUUAUAAACAAGCCAACACGUUUCUGUCAGGGGAAGCAUUGUGGUUCCCUGCAAUGCCCCGCGGACCUCAUUUUACAACAUAUUAAACCUUUAUUUAAGCUGCUGCUGAAUCUAGUGCACCCCCAGUAUUCAAAGAGACGGUGAGUGUGGGACCCCCCCCCCAUUAUACCUCCCUUUCAUUUUCAAAGUUUUCUAUGGCUCCACUCUGAGCCUCCAGUGCUUUAGUGCUCGAGUUAAAUUAAGCACAAAUGCUACUGACAGGUGUAAGACGUGGUUUGGCCAAUGCAUGGCCUGAAACCUCUGCAAACAGACAAUUCCUAACAUUUAAAAACUCGGGGUGUCGUCAUAAUAAAUCUUCAUACAGACACCGUGCAUCUGCAGACGUAUGUUUGGCUUCUGUCGCAGCGGGAGGGAACUCUGCACUCUGGCCCUCUAGCGACCGUUUCUUUGAUAUUUGUAAAAUAUCUUUGAAGUGGUUGCUGCCACUGUUUGUUCCCCAGUCAAAAACGCUUCAUUUUGAACUCCCUGAAAAUGUUUUUGUAUGAAAAGAAAAAUAAUUAAAAUGAUUUUGCUCAUUG